UUCACUUUUCACCGCCUCCCAUGAAAACCCCAAUAUUCUUUUUUGAGACGAGAAAUUAUAUUCCGUGGAUUUCCACAGAAAGAAAUAAAAUAUCUGCAAUAUAAGAGAAAAAGGCAUUUCUCCUUUGUGUUACUUAUUAGAUUGGAAACUUUGAUUAGCCAUUCAUUCUCUGUUAAGUUUUUCUUUCUUCCAUCACUAAUACUCCCUGCAGGAGAAAGAGAGAGAAGAGAGAGAAAGAUAUGUAUAUAUAUGUAGAGAGAGAGAAAGAGAGAGAUCUAAUCCUGCAUCUAUAAGCUAGUGGUGUUAAGAUUGAAUUUGAAACCAAAAGAGACCUAUAGAAGUUGUAGAGAAGAUGACAGAUGAAGUAAUUUCAACUGGUUCCACUAAAAAUCAAGUUAGUGGAUCCAAUCCUCAACCUGUAGUAAAGAAGAAGCGAAGCCUUCCUGGAAACCCAGAUCCUGAAGCUGAAGUGAUAGCCUUGUCCCCGAAGACUCUAAUGGCCACCAACAGAUUCUUGUGUGAAAUAUGUGGAAAGGGUUUCCAGAGGGAUCAAAACUUGCAACUGCAUAGAAGAGGGCACAACCUGCCAUGGAAGCUGAAGCAAAGGAGUAGCAAAGAAGUGCGAAAACGCGUUUACAUAUGCCCUGAAAAUGGCUGCGUUCACAACCAUCCAUCGAGGGCUCUCGGAGACCUAACUGGCAUAAAAAAACACUUUUGUCGAAAGCAUGGGGAGAAAAAGUGGAAGUGUGAGAAAUGCUCUAAACGAUAUGCUGUGCAAUCAGAUUGGAAAGCUCACUCCAAGACUUGUGGUACUAGGGAAUACAAAUGUGACUGCGGGACUAUAUUUUCAAGGCGAGAUAGCUUCGUCACUCACAGGGCAUAUUGUGAUGCCUUGGCCGAGGAGACAGCAAGGAUAAAAGCAGCAUCUCACAUGGAAAACCAUGCAGGCCAUACCAAUUAUCACUUCUCACUAGGACCUAGUAUGGGGCAGCGUUUCACUUCCAUUUUCGAGCCAAUUUCUUGCAACCCUCAAAAAAUUAAUGAUCCAAUGACAAGAAGCCUUACUCUGUGGAAUAUGAGCCAGCAGCCUUCCCAAAAUCAAGAUAUACUAAGCAAAAAUUUUCAAGAAAUGCACCAAAUGGGAAUUUCUAUCAGUUCCUUAGGUGCAGUAUACAGUUGUACUGAUCCACUUGUUAAUCCCUGCGCAUCAAACCCUCCUGCACCAACAACUACUUAUCAGUUGAAUUGGGAUUUCACGAAAAAUCUUAAUUCCACGAAAGCUUCUGAUGAUCAGUUAAGCUGCAAUUCACUUCCUUUGAGUAAUAUCAAUGCUAAAGAACUUGGUGGGAGUGCUCCAUCUUUGUUUAGCACUCAACAUCAAUCCCACCAUCAAUCCUCAACAGCAAACAUGUCUGCAACAGCUUUAUUGCAGAAAGCUGCCGAAAUAGGAGCCACCACAACUGACCCAUCACUCCUAGGAAACUUCGGCCUCAAGUGCACUGAAAAUCCAGUCCAAAAUGCAGUAACUACUCGUCUUGGAAGUGAUUUAUCUGCAUUGAAUCAGCUUCAAAUGUACCCCUCUAUGCGCCACCAUAUACAGAAUCAAGAAAACAUCACAGAGGGAGAAACUAGAGAUUUUCUUGGUGUGGGCAUACAGUCCAUCUGUCAUCCAUCAUCAAUCAAUGGAUGGAUAUGACUAUCAUGGGGGAGUUAAUUUGCUGAUUUACAUGAUGAUUUUCCCAAGGAAUGAAAUUAAAGAUGAAAAUAAAGUGGAGUUCCUUGCUGAGAGAGAUGAUGGGAUAAAGAAAAAGGAAGGAGUUUUGUAUGUGGAAACUUUGCAGAAAGGAAAUUGUGGAAUUUAGGGGAGGUGAAUAAAAAAUUAUAUAUUUAUAUCCAAGAAUUGAACGGGAAGAUCCAUGCAUAUUCAACCAAAUGGUGGCAUCUUUAUAUUUUUUAGUAAAAGGGAAUGUGUAGUGGGGGCAAAGGCACCUUUACAACUCCAUUAUUGCUCUAUGUUCCAUUUAAGUUCUAGUUGUUAUCUUCACAAACUGAAUUUAACAAUGGAAUCCAAUAUUGGUAGAAAAGCCUAAAUCUAGUUUCAGGUAGGCUUUAUUGCUUCUUAAUCAUCAUUUGUUAGCCUUAUGUAGCAUGGAAUCACAGUUUUCCUAUUACCCGAAAAA